AGCGAGGAGAACAGUUAAGUGAGGAAAAUGAUUUCCCACUCUUGCUAAAUGCAGACAUUAUGGGCUUGAAAAUGGGGAUUUUACUCGCCUGGUGGCUUGCUUCUCUGUGCUUAACAGGGUGGUCUGAAGGCAUCCAGGUGACGGUUCCUGAGCAGAAGAAGUUUGCGAUGUUGUUCCAGUCCGUGGUUCUUCGCUGUCAGUUUUCCACCUCCUCCAGUCAGCAGCCCGUGGUGCAGUGGUGGUACAAAUCCUACUGCCACGACCGCACCAGGGAGUCGUUCAGCUUCACAGACUCCUUCACCCACCAGAUCCCAGACCAGGGCUCCACUUCCCACCUGGAUUGUAGGGACAGCAGCAGAACAGUCAGGCCUGUGGCGUCUCGCCAGGGUAUUACAUUCACGCUGGGGGAGAAUUACAAGGGAAGAGACAUCACCAUUACCAACAAUGGUGAUCUCCGAAUCGGAGAGCUUCAGUGGGGUGACAGUGGGGUGUAUUACUGCAAGGUGGUUACUUCUGAUGACUUAAUGGGACAGAACGAGGACAGAAUGGAGCUCUUAGUGUUGGGUAAGACAGGGCUGCUUGGUGAUCUCUUGCCCAAUUUUGAUGUGAAGAUUAUGCCAGAGUGGGUGUUUGUGGGUGUGGUGAUCCUGGGGGCCGUCACGUUCAUUCUGUUUCUGGGUAUCUGCUGGUGCCAGUGCUGUCCUCACAGCUGCUGCUGCUAUGUGCAGUGCCCCUGCUGCCCCGAGUCAUGCUGCUGCCCGCGACACUUGUAUGAAGCUGGUAAAGCAGUGAAGACAUGUGCAACCCCUCAUAUUGCACCAGUCUACCCUCCCUACUAUGUGCCUAAUGUCCCCAUGGCUGCCAUUGGACCUCCAGGAAUGAUGGGUCCAACGACACAGCCUCCAGUAAUGGAGAACAUUGUCACAGGGGUUCGCAGUGGCUACCGAAUCCAGGCCAAUAAGGAACAGGAGUGUAUGAAGGUUCUGUACUACGUAGAAAAGGAGCUUGCUCAGUCUGAUCCUGCCAAGAGAACGUAUGAGAAAUCCAGCACCAUGUCGGAGCUGAGCUCUCUUCACGAAGGGGACGCGGAUUUCCGUCAGUCCUACCGGCGGGUUCAGAAAAAGGCUCUUCCACCAAUCGGUGACCGAGAUGACGACCCUUCCUUCACCUCCACUGCAGCCGCCCACAUGAGGAAGUCGGCCCGGCACCCCCAGCACAUGAACAGGUCUGAAGAGCAGUACCACAGCAGCAGGUGGAACCCCAGAUCUGAGCACCUUCAGAGAAAAAUGUUCCCAGCCAGUGGACGCACAGGGUCUCUGGAUGAGCUGGAGGGGUUAGCAGAAUCCGACCAUCAAAAAGGGAGGCACUCUGAGUACAGGGACUUAGAGCCGGAUUACAGACAGGACUGCGAGACCAAGAAACACUAUCCACCCCCCUUCAGAGACCAACACCAUUACCGUGACGACAAGCCAUCCAGAAUGGAUCGGCACCAGUACCAGGAGUCCUUCCUUGAUGAGUACUACAGCAAGCGAGACCGGAGUCGGGAGGGCUUUUACGAGUCGGACAGGGGGCGCCCGUACAGCCCUCCUUCUCCCAAGAGGAGAGACCUCAGCGACUGUUACCCACCUCGGUACCCUACUGUAAACAGGACCUACGACAACAUGUACCUAACAAGCGUUCUGGAGAAGAAAGCCAGGGACAGACCACCGGAGGGGAGCUUCAACUGUGAGACUCCCUGCAAAUCCAGCUCCAAAAAGAGCAGCUGUAUUUAUUACAACCGAUCUCCCAAUUACAGACGUGAAGAGGAAGAUUCGUUGCCACCUUACUCAGAGAGAGACGCCGAGUGGCACAGGCCACUGGAGUCCUCAGCAAGGCCUUUUUCCUACACAAGGGAUGGCACACAUGAAAUCAAUAUGCACGCCGCGCAUGAGAGGAGAGAAAGGGAAAAGCUCAGGAAGACGAACACUCUACUCAGCAGAGAUUCCCUUAUAGUGUGAAACUGAAAAAGAAGAUGAAUCUGUUUUUUUCAAAAGAGAAGGGAACACCAGAGUCCAGUGGUACUCUUAGGUUUCACUCUCCUGGCGUUGUUUGAUGGAGAUGUACCACGUGGAUUAGAGGCCCCUGUAUACUGACCGACUGGUUACCUACAGAUUUCAGAGCCAGGACUGGAACUCCACCUCAAUACUAUCAAUGUCACAGUGUUCUUAGAAUAUUCAUCUGUAAGUCACUGUGCAGCUUUCAGACUUUCAGACUUACAAAACAACUUCAGUGUGUCUGGCUAUUUCUACCAUACUACUUGAAGAAGACCGAAGUUGAAACGUUGUAGCUAAUUAUUCAAAUUUUUGAGAUUUUUAUUUUAAAAUUCAGAGUUGUAGGAUUGUCUACAAUGUGGAAAGGUGCUAUGUGGAAAAAGAUCAGAGCCCGGAGCCAGACUGCCACUAUUAAUUAUAUAUCUGCUGUAUGAAUGAAGCGACAGUCUGACUAUGGGGGUGCAAUAUUAUUUUCAAGCUGUAUUAAAGAGAUGCAUUUUAAACACAGAUACACUCAGCUAAUAAACAGGUACAUCAUCUGAUAGCUCCACUCACAAGUUCACUUGCUCUACCAGUGCAGUGUCUGGGUGAUGUUUUAACCACCCUGUAUGAUUAAAAGAAGAAAAUAGCAUGCACUUAAUAUCCAUGGUCAGUGCUCGGAUAUAUUGUGAGAAGUGUUGAAUUUAAAUCAAGGGAAGUAAUGUUAAAACUUUACAAUGCAUUAGAAAGACCUCACCUAGAAUAUUGUGUUCAGUUCUGUUCACCUCGUUACAAAAAGGAUAUUGCUGCUCUAGAAAGAGUGCAAAGAAGAGCAACCAGAAUUAUCCCGGGUUUAAAAGGCAUGUCGUAUGCAGACAGGCUAAAAGAAUUGAAUCUAUUCAGUCUUGAACAAAGAAGACUAUGCGGUUGUCUGAUUCAAGCAUUCAAAAUCCUAAAAGGUAUACACAGUGUCGACCCAGUGGACUUUUUUGACCUGAAAAAAGAAACAAGGACCAGGGGUCACAAAUGGAGAUUAGAUAAAGGGGCAUUCAGAACAGAAAAUAGGAGGCACUUUUUUACACAGUGAAUUGUGAGGGUAUGGAACCAACUCCCCAGUAAUGUUGUUGAAGCUGACACCCUGGGAUCCUUCAAGAAGCUGCUUGAUGAGAUUCUGGGAUCAAUAAGCUACUAACAACCAAACGAUCAAGAUGGGCUGAAUGGCCUCCUCUCUUUUGUAAACUUUCUUAUUAUGUUCUUAUGUUCUAAAAAACUGUAUUUCAAAAUGGUGAUCUGUUGAUCAGCUUCCAGUAAGGGUCUGAAGUGACUUAGGGUUAGGGUCCUGUGUCUUUGAAUAAUGUUACAGAUGACAGGGAGGUACAGUUGCACAGAAAGAUUCAUCGACUUGGCCAAGAUUCAGAUUCAGACUCCCCGGCUCUACUGACUGUAAAAGAAAAAGUUCUAUCAGAAGGAUAUAGUCACAGAAGUUAAUGGUGUGCUGCUACCUGUCUAAAUAUUCAGUGUUUUCGAUAUAGAGAGAGUGAGCCUAACUGCUUUAUAAUGUCUGUUGAGCUUGAUAACUGCAACAUGUUGAGUGUCAGGAAUAAAAUAUUGAUACUCUAAAACAAGUUUACAAGACGGGGCCUUCCCGUCUCAAGCCAAAUAUUUUCCACAUGGCACCUUCUUUUUAUUAUGUGUGUAACAAGCAAUACUUCAUUACACAGCCAUUAUGUAGCUGCCUUGAAUUGCAAAACAACAGGGAGCUCACAUGUUGUACUCUGUUUUUUUCUUAGUAAAAGUGACCCUUGUGCCAUGGGAAGAGCAGUUACAUCCAGCUACUUGAUUAGCCGUUUGACUGCAGUGACCACAUGUGCCUUUCAGUGGCUCAUGUGCUCACUUCAGCCUUAUUCUUAAUUUUAAACACAUUAUGAAGAACAUAAAUAUAAAUCUUGAUCAGAAUUGCAAUUUGGUAACUCAGAAUUUUUAUUCCUUGACCACACUCCAGGGUGUACGUGUAGUUUGAGUGAGGUGUAAGUGGAUGGUAAGCAUGUUACCAGCUCUAGGUAUGUAGUAAGAAUGACAUUCUAGUGUAUAUUGCACUACACAGUGUACAUGUUGUAUAUAAGUAACGCACAGGGGUAAACUCUUGUUGCAGAUUAUAUGCAGCAGUUUGGAGUAGUGGUUAGGGCUCUGGACUCCUGACCGGAGGGUUGUGGGUUCAAUCCCCAGUGGGGGACACUGCUGUUGUACCCUUGAGCAAGGUACUUUACCUAGAUUGCUCCAGUAAAAACCCAGCUGUAUAAAUGGGUAAUUGUAUGUAAAAUAAUGUGAUAUCUGUAUAAUGUAUAUAAAAUAAUGUGAAUCUGUAUAAUGUGAAAUAAUGUAAAAUGUGAUAUCUUGUAACAAUUGUAAGUCGCCCUGGAUAAGGAAAUAAAUAAAUAAUAAUAAUAAUAAUAUGUUUGUGUACAUUAGAUACAUAUUUCUAUACCUACACUAUAGUAGUUUAGUUAGCAACAAGCCAAUGUAAUAUUUGUCAUACUCAAGAUUACUUAUCCACAUAAACCACAAAACAAACUGACACAGCAAGCAGUUAUUAGUUUAAAAUACGAUAGAGUGCUUUAUCUGCACACAUCAAGAUAAGAAAAACAUUUACAAAUAAAACAUUAAGCAUAAUUUAAAGGCUGUUAUAUGACGUCUUUUCUCUGACUAGCUUUUUAAAAAUAAUUGGUCCCUCUUUUAUUGUGCUGAGAAAGUCGUGGUUCUUGGUUUUUCACAUUCAUUCAGGAUAUGCAAUCAUUCAAACACUGUAGAGAAACUGCUGUAUCUGGCUACCUUAGCAGUUGGCAGC